AUGACAGCCACUGCCGACCUGUGCAGGCUGGCGCGAGCCAAAACAUUGGUAAAACAUGGAAUCGACAUUCAGGAUGAUGUUGGAAAUACUGACCUUGAUUGGGACGUCGUGAUCGAGAUACAGCGGCAGGAAGCUAGAUACUUCUCGGAGGGCAUGCUCACUUUCGCCAUCUGGUCAGCGAUCACGAGGAUUCUGCCGCCUCAUGAACGCCAAGCGGCUCUCAUUUACGUGGCUCUUGUGAUCAUUGCACAAUUGAUGAUGGUGGAGAGCAGGGAACAUAGGUUCUUCAGUAUCUGGGCAUUUGGAAAUCCUCUGAAAGCAUCCCCACUCCAAAGAUUCGAUGCCUCCAAGUCCGGGAACGGCUACGACUGUGCUAUAUGUUGGGAACGCAUCGGCGAGACGGAAUGGAUUUACCCGAUCCCAUGCGAGCACCAAUUCCACCGUUGGUGCUUGAUCAAUUGGCUUCGGCGGCCCCGUGGGUGCAAGCGGUGUGCAGAGCCGCGUGGCCGUGGAGGAAACUGCCCCCUAUGUCGAGCUGACGUCCUGCCACCUGCCCUCUGUGAAGACUGUGUUGCUGAGCGACGUACGCUCGUGGAGAACGGGAAUAGGCUACUGUCAAUCUGGGACCAUGCCCACACAUGGCACGAGUAUGCCGAGAACGCAUUCGCCACACUUCAGGACAUGGGCGCUGUGAUGGGGUCCGAUGCCCUGGUGAGGGUCACUGCGCGGGCGCGCGAUUUUGUCCAGUAUGCCGCGAGCGUGCGAGACAGGAUCAAUCGGGUGCAACAGUACCUGACAUCGACAGAGUUCCAAGAGGCGCUGAAUUUCGAAGCUAACGCUUGA